AUGACCCUUGUGAAUGACAGAGUCAAGGUUACCUACAAACCCGGCCUCAAAUGUUCACUUAUUUCCCAAGAUAACAUACUUCAGGCUACUGGAAUACUGAAGAAAGAUAUUCUUGCCUUGAGAUUGCCACAUCCUCCUACAGCUAACAUCUCUGUCGUGAGGACAGGCGUAAUCGAAUUUUUCUGGAACACUAAGAAAGGAGGGGUAGGUGAUGACUCUGCAACGCCUCAAUAUCUCGCUCAGACUGUUUUUGUCGGACAGACCCUCGAUGACAUUUUGAUCCAAAAGCUCAGGAACUGCAACCGAGCAGAACUUCAGACGCACCUGGGGGACUUGCUGAUCCAGGACAUCGAAUUUUACUCAACCCCUGCAGAAUCGCGCGGAGAGAAAACAAAGCAAUAUCCAAACCUUUCAUGGACUCGUCCUCAAAUUACCGAGGAAAGUCGUCAGAACACGCAUGAAACACUGCAGAAUCAAGCGCAGGAAUUCCUAGAUGACAUAGGAGAGAAAAUGCUCGUUGACUCUUCGCCUGUUACUAUUCCACCAAGGAGCCAUAACCUUUUCCAUCCAUCACGUUCUUCUGGAACUUCUUCAGUCUAUGAGCUCGUCUAUGAGCUAACCGAAAUACGCAAGCAGCUCGCAACUGGUUUAAAGCAAGAGGCAGCCAUAAUUGAUGAGCUCAAGCGUAUGCACUCUCAAGCCCCAGGUCCUUCACCAAAUACGAUAACGGCGGCUGGUAGUGAGCUGGUCGUUACAGCUCGAUUACAAAUGAUCGAAGAACAGAUCGAAACGGAAAGACAGAGGAGAAGAGCCGCCGAAGAUUCAUUGAGUAAUAUCCAACGCGAAUGUCGAGAACCGUUCAUGGUUCCGGCGUUACUAGACGCCUUUGUGAUGAUUUCGAAACUCUCGACCCAAGUCAUGGAAAGUAAUGAUAGUAAUAAUUAA